AUGACCUCCCAAGAACUCCCUGAUGACGUGGCGUACGAGAUCGUAAGCCGAACGUGCCUAAAAACAGUCGACUCGUGCAAGGCCGUGUCGAAGAAUUGGCACAAUAUGAUCUACGAGACGAGCUUCCUUCCACUUUACUGCGCCCGAACGAAAAACGUGUCCGGUUACUUCCUCAAGGACUACAAACACAACAAACACGUAACCGAGUUCGUGUCCCUCGACGAGAAGCAAGAGCCCGAGUGGGCCCAAUCGUUCGUGGGCAAGUUCCUCGGCCCCAAUGGCCAUAUCGUGGCCUCGUGCAGGCAAGGCUUGUUGUGUUGUGCCAAACGGUUGGGCCGAAACACGAGGUACUACGCGUGCAAGCCCACGACAGGUCAGUGUAGGCGCUUGCCUACUCCGCCUAGGCCUUUGUCGACCGAUGCUUGUACUUCCAUUAUGGUCGUGAGGUCGAGCUCGAGCUCCAAGUUGCGGUACAAGAUUGCUCAUUUCGCCGGUAUCUUUGACGAAAAGUAUCGAGGGGAGUACUUCUAUUCGUCCGAGUGCUUCCUAUUCGACUCGGACGAUUGGAAAUGGCGGAGAAUCGAGAACGUCCGCAUGGCGUGCGGGGAGUUUGUCGGUUUCUGGCUGGCAGUCACGGCCGCCGGCUCGAUCUACUGGCUCACGACCCAAGACAACGUGCUCGAGUUUCGCGAGGCGGACGAGUCCUUCCGGAAGUUUUCCCUACCGAGCCUCACACGAGACUACAAGGAAUACGAGGCGAAGCAACUUGUGGAGUACCGAGGCAGAUUAGGGUUCGUGUGCUUGAGGAAAAACGACGAUUCUCUCGAGCUUUGGGUGAAAGAGCUCGACUCUUGCAGUGGGGCCCGGUGGAGGAAGGAGAUGGAAGUGCAUAUUGGGCGGGUCGAAAUGUACGAGUUUAAGUUUGAGUUUUGCAAUGCCGGGAUCUUGUUCAUGAAAGCGUUUUUGGAGGCCGUUUUUUAUAAUGUCGAGGACUUGAGUACGAGUCGGGUGAGACUCAAACGGGCGUACAAUCCAACCUCGAUUAUUCAGUUUCGGUCGGAUUUUGAACCUGUGGAGCUUGGCGGGAGGAGGAGGAGGAGGCCGACCUGA